UUGUCGUCCCUCCCCCCUCCCUCCUCACCGUCUCCCCUCCCCCCAUACAUACAUCUCCUCACAGACGACGCGUGUUCAUUAACUCACUCUCUCUCCCUCGACCCCACUGCUCCAUCCAUCCCGCACUCCGCUUCAGUCACAGAGAAGAGAUGUACCCAUCCAUUUCCCACUCCCCCAUUAACUGAGAAAAAAUGUCCGUUUGCAAGUAGUCAACUGCAGUGAAACGUACGCUGCCCCUGCAGCUUUUGGCACAUUCUGCUGAUGUUCGUAGUAUUGUGGAGGAAUUCUCAGCCUGUGGGGUCCGUGAAUUGGUGAUGAGCGGAAAUGGGGAGGAAAGGGAACUGGUUCUCUGCAGUGAGGAAAGCUUUGGGCACUGAACCCAAGGAAAAGAAAGAUCAGAGUUCACGUAAAUCCAAGAAGAAAUGGUUUCGAAAGAACAAGGCCCCAGAUCCGGUCAUUCCGUCCGGAGAAACUGCUGUGGCUAUUCAAGGACAGGGCACUGUACAAGGUGCUAAAUUGGCAGAAGCCAAGAAUGAGCAGAGCAAGCACGCGUACACUGUGGCCAUUGCCACUGCUGCAGCGGCCGAGGCUGCUGCUGCUGUUGCUGCACAUGCUGCUGCGGAGGUUGUCCGCCUCACAGCAGCUCCACGUUAUAUGGGGAAAUCAAAGGAGGAAAUAGCUGCAAUAAAAAUUCAAACAGCAUUCAGAGGGUACUUGGCCAGGAGGGCUUUAAGGGCUCUGAGAGGGCUAGUAAGGUUAAAGACAUUGGUGGAAGGACCAUCUGUUAAGCGACAAGCUGCUACAGCAUUACGAUGCAUGCAGACUAUAUCUCGUGUGCAGUCGCAGAUUCAUGCGAGGAGGAUCAGAAUGUCCGAAGAGAAUCAGGCUCUCCAGAGGCAGCUCCUAAGGAAAAGCGAGAAAGAGCUCGAGAAGCUGAAAAUGGGAGAAGAAUGGGAUGAUAGCACGCAAUCAAAGGAACGGAUUGAAGCUAACUUGAUAAGCAAACAAGAAGCCUCCAUUAAGAGAGAACGGGCUUUGGCCUAUGCCUACACUCAUCAGCAAUCCUGGAGGAAUCCUUCUAAGUCACUGAAUCCGACAUUCAUGGACCCAAGCAACCCUCACUGGGGAUGGAGUUGGUUGGAGAGGUGGAUGGCUGCUCGCCCAUGGGAGAGUCGCCAGUACAAUGGCCGAUCCUACUCCUUUCGGGAGCUCAACCUUGACAAUCGGCCUUCCCCGUCCACAGCCAUGAAGUCAGCCCGACCUCCAAGCCACCACCAGUCCCCUUCAACUCCUCCUUCCAAGGCACCGUCCCUUUCUUCAAUCACCGGGAAAGGAAAGCCCUCUAGCUCGAAAGGGAGCAUUUGGGACUAUGACUCGAGGAGCAUGUUAAGUGCCCAGUCGGAGCGGUAUAUUAGGAGGCACAGCAUUGCUGGUGGCAGUGGUGGGCCCUCGUCUGUGCGAGAUGACGAUAGCCUAUCAAGCUUGGCUUCUGUCCCAAGUUACAUGGCCCCAACACAGUCCGCAAAAGCUAAGUCCCGACUUCCCAGUCCUUUAGGAAUUAAUGGCACACCGCCUGAGAAGGGAUCAGCGGGCUCCGCAAAGAAGAGGCUGUCGUUCACGGGAUCCCCAGCUGCAGUGGGAAUGAGGAGGCAUUCGGGGCCUCCUAGGAUAGAUAGCAGUUCUAUCAAAGAAGUCAGAGUUCACAUGGAAGAGAAACCGGUCAAUGAGGAGCAAAGAUAGUUUGCCCUCCAUGCAAAAGGACUGGUCAUCGAUAGGAUAUGAGUAUUUGUGUUUGUUCGCUUCAUUAUCAAUCUUCUUCAGCAACAGAUUCCUACUAGGAGUUGGAGAAGAAGAGGAAUGAAUAAACCUAAAAUGGGUCUACAUCUGUUGGUCGUGUUUGCGAUUACGCUAACUUGUUUUACCUCUGAUCCAUUAGUUGGUGGAUAGUGAUUGAUAUUGAUUGUGUGCUGCGAUUGGUUUCGGGGUGAGGAUAGUAUAGUUCACUUUAACAACUUGUUCAUGGUUUAUUUUGCGCUGUUGUUGCCGUCUUUCUUUGGUUAGAAUUAGCAGCUGUGUGUUUAUGGAGUGAAUGUUUUGUGUGUUUGUGCCAUUGUAUCUUUGAAUUUGUAUUGUGUCCUUCCUAGUUUGUCCCCAAAACAUAAUUCAUUAAAUAAUGAAUUUGUUUGUAUAAGUAUA